AUGGGCUUCAUCGAAAGGAACAAGGCUGCUCUCAACGAUGUGGUUUCUGCUUCCUUUCCCAACGAGAUCAAAAAUGCGAGGUUCACCACUGAGCUACGCGCUGGCCUGACAACCUUCUUCACUAUGGCAUACAUCAUUGCUGUCAACGCCUCCGUCCUCACAGACUCUGGUGCUACAUGUGUUUGCAAUGACCCUGUCGACCCAACAUGUCUCAACGACGAAGCCUACUCUCUCUGUUUGCUCGAGAUCAACCGUGAUUUCGUGACUGCUACUGCCGCGAUUGCGGCGCUCGGCUCAUUCCUUAUGGGCGUUCUUGCGAACCUCCCUGUCGCACUCGCACCAGCCAUGGGCCUGAAUGCGUACCUGGCAUAUCAGAUUGUAGGGUUCCACGGCACCGGUCCAAUCGACUACCGCGUCGCAAUGACUGCUGUGUUCGUUGAAGGCUUCAUCUUCGUCGCUCUCUCCCUCGCUGGCAUCCGUCAAUGGCUGGCUCGAAUCAUUCCUGCCAGUAUCAAAGUCGCGUGUGGUGCAGGUAUUGGCCUCUUCCUCACUUUGAUCGGACUUUCAUACUCGGCUGGUAUUGGUGCUAUUACGGGAGCCAAGGCAACACCCCUUGAUCUUGGAGGUUGCUCUCCUGAAUACCUCGACCCGGACACUGGCUCCUGUCUCUCGCAUAAAGCAACCAACCCAACCAUGUGGCUCGGCUUUCUUGUGGGUGGUGUCUUUACAGCUCUGCUCAUGACUUAUAAGAUUCGUGGCUCAAUGAUCUUUGGUAUUGCGCUAGUAUCCAUCUUUUGUUGGCCCCGGGAUACUUCAAUCACCUACUUCCCACGCACGACAGUUGGCGACAGCCGCUUCGAGUUCUUCAAGAACGUUGUCGCUUUCCAUCCGAUCAAGCAUACGCUAUUGGCACAAGACUGGGAUCUGUCUAACGUGGGCGGGCAAUUCGCUCUGGCUGUCUUCACCAUGCUUUACGUUGAUAUCCUGGAUGCCACCGGCACGUUGUACUCCAUGGCUCGUUUCUCAGGCGUUGUCGACCCUGACACGGGUGACUUCCCUAGGAGUACAAUUGCUUACUCGGCUGAUGCUAUCGCCAUCUCCAUCGGCUCCCUGUUUGGAUCAUCGCCUGUUACCGCUUUCGUUGAGUCUGGUGCUGGUAUCCAAGAAGGCGGUCGCACAGGUCUGACCGCGAUCACCACCGGUAUCUGCUUCUUCAUCUCGCUCUUCUUCGCGCCCAUUUUCGCUUCCAUUCCACCCUGGGCGACAGGAGGAGCCCUCAUCUUAGUCGGAUGCAUGAUGAUGCGUGGUGUUCUAGCCAUCAACUGGAAUUAUCCUGGUGAUUCCAUCCCAGCCUUCGUCACGCUGAUGUUCAUGCCCUUUUCAUACUCGAUCGCAUAUGGACUUAUCGCUGGAAUUAUGUGCUUCGCCAUCAUAAACACCUUCACGUGGGCUCUCGGUGCCAUCUCAGGGGGACGCCUGCUUCCGCCAGACUACGACAACAAGGAGUACUGGAGCUUCCGUUCAGACUCGCCACGCGCCCAACCUUGGUUCAUCCGUGCAAUGAAGGGCGACAAAAAGUUUUGGAGGCCUCAGGAUACCGACUCGUUUGAGCUGGAAUCUACAGAAGCACGCAUCGAAGCCCACACUAAGGCUUAGAUAUGUGUAGUCACUGCUAUCCACUUGAUAGACUGUCCCUGUCCUGUUUUUGAUCUUAUGAUACCAACGCUUAAUUUGGGUUGUGGCUGUCGACUCACAGCCUCACUAGACCAUAUAGAUGGAGUCAUUGAUACAUAUUAUCAAGUAAUGAUCGAAGCCAUCACAUUCGUUCCUGAGCCAU